CAAUCCAGCAUGGACAGUGUGGAUGCCACUGUGGAACUCUGGGAAUAGUGCCUGUCCCAAGGGGCCUCAGGCAUCCAGAGCCUAGCCAGGCUCUUCCGCCACCAGAACGAGGACAGGAGCAGAUGCUUGGACGCGGGGGAGCUCCAGAAGGGCCUGGCCCAGUUGGGACUGGUGCUGGUAGAGGCAGAGGUGGAGGCCCUGUGCAGGCACUGGGACCGGGAUGGCAGUGGAAGGCUGGACCUGGAGGAAUUCCUGUGGGCUCUGCGGCCUCCUAUGUCCCCGGCCUGGAAGGCAGUUAUUGCAGCCGCAUUUGCUAAGCUGGAUGGCAGGGGGGACGGUGUGGUGACAGUGGAUGACCUCCAUGGGGUCUACAGUGGCUGCUCCCACCCCAAGGUACACAGUGGGGAGUGGACUGAGGAGGAGGUGCUCGGCCACUUCCUGGACAACUUCGACUCCUCUGAGGAUGGGCAGGUCACGCUGGCAGAAUUCCAGGACUACAGUGGUGUGAAUGUCUCCAUGGACACAGAUGAAGAGUUUGUGGCCAUGAUCAGUGCUUGGCAGCUGUGAGCAGUGCCCUAGCUCAGCACCCCUCUCCCAUCCCCAGCCAGGACCCUUCUCACUUUGAGUUGAGCUGAGCAGGGCCCUGGUGAGGAAAGGGUGGGCAGGGGAAUUGAGGCUGCAGAACCAGCUGAACUAGGUUCCUGCCCUGCUACCAGACAGAGGUGGAAUAAAGGACACUGACACUGUACUGACCUGAGGCCUCAGGUGUCCCUGUUGAUGUGCCUGCCCUCCUGUGGGCCCCUAGGUGACCCCUGGGUGGGGAGGCAGAGUGAGGACACCUGCCUAGAUAUGGAGUACAAGGCAAGGGCCAGGUCCUCUGGCUUCCUGAGGCCCCUGGGGCAUGUGGAAGGCCAGGGUUUUAGUUAAAAGUUUAAUGUAGUUCCCAAAUACAUUUCAUAUGACAAUCUUUUUUUUUUUUUUUUUUUUUUGUAGAGACAGAGUCUCACCUGAUCGCCCUCGGUAGAGUGCCGUGACCUCACACAGCUCACAGCAACCUCUAACUCCUGGGCUUAAGCGAUUCUCUUGCCUCAGCCUCCCGAGUAGCUGGGACUACAGGCGCCAGCCACAACGCCUGGCUAUUUUUUUGUUGCAGUUUGGCCGGGGCUGGGUUUGAACCCGCCACCCUCGGCAUAUGGGGCCGGCGCCCUACCCGCUGAGCCACAGGCGCCACCCUCAUAUGACAAUCUUACAUAAAUGUUCCAAAACACACGGGCAUUAUCUGGUUUUACUUUCACUAGUUGGCUAAGGCUUAAAGCACGGAAGUGUGACUGAUCUCUCGGGAGGUCUCUUCUAUACUCCCAGAUGCAGGUUUGCUGGGCAGUGCCAGCCAACGGAGCUGCCCAGGCUGAGGGCUCCAGCUAACCCAGAGUGUGAGCAGCACAGCCUUCUCUUCACCCUCCAGUGUGGGGUGGGGUGAUGUCCCCUGAAGUUCUGAGGAUGCCCUGGCAUGGGGGACCUCCUCUGCAGCCUCCCCAGGCAGAAGAUGCCUGGCUGACUCUUGGCUACACGAUAGAGUGGGGUGGGCACAGGUGCCUGUUUCUAUGUGCUACAUGCAUGGGACAGCCUGUUGUCAGAGGCCAGCCCCUGGCCUGGUUAGGGUCCUCCUCAGAUAUGCCCAUGGUCACAGUGUUGGGGACAGUGAUGUCUGAGGCUGGGGAGGGAAUAGCCAACAGCAGGAAGCAGGUCUGUGCCUGGGGGCAUGAUGAUGGGUGAACCACAUGAUGUGGACAGGGAUGAGGGUGGGAAACCCUCCCCAUUCAGGGACCUUUUUCCAGAUAGGCACUCUCCAGACCAGGCCAAAGGCCCAACCCUCAGUACUCCAUGACUCAGCCUGGAGGAACCUGGGGCGAGAAACAAGUGGGGGUCCAAACCCCCAGAGCAGCUUGACCCCUCACUUCAGAGGCCAGGACCUUAGAAGGAAAAGGGGAUGGGCUGUGCCAUCUCAAUGCUUCAGGGCACAUUAAUUGAAGAAACUAAAAACAGAGCCUUUGAAAAUAAAAAGAAACAAAAAAGAUCUGUAAAAUAUAAACCCCAAAUCAGAAUAUGAAAAGUGGGAAAUAGAGAGUAGUUAAACUGUCCACAAGGCCCAGUGUAUACACUUCCAUGAGUUCCCAAGGCCAGGCUGCUGGGAGGAGGGAGCUCAGCAGGUGGGUGGGGGUGGGGAGGGAGCCCUAGGCACAGUAGAGGGCCAGCUCCUCCCCAUAGGGCAGGUGGUGUGGGUAGUGGAGAGGCCAGAGGCUCUGGCUGGACACAAAAGGUAGAAACACAAGGGGUGAAGUAAGGAGGUCUCCAGUCCCAGUAAGAAGCCGUGACAAGCCUUAAUGUGCCAUUUCAAUUCAAAGGAGGGGAGGGAAGAAAUGUUCUUUUUUGUUUUGCUCAUCAAUAUGAUGAG